CCUUGAUGUCUACAGCAGUUCCACGAACAGCUUGAGCCAAUCCCCUCUACGACGAACACCUCUUUUUCUACAGACAGUUGGAAUUUCCGCAUUAGGAAAGCCCCACUGUCCUAUACCACCACCACCUACCACCACCACAACACAAACCACAGUCAAAAUGACCACCACCGGAGGAUGCGCCUGCGGCCAGAUCCGCUACGAGUUCACGGGUGAACCCGCCAUCACGGCUCUCUGCCACUGCACCGACUGCCAAAAGUGGACCGGCGGUGCCUUCACGUCCAACGCCAUCAUCCCCCGCACGGCCUUCAAGAUCACCAAGGGCACCCCCAAGACGUGGGACGUCCGCGGCGACACGGGCAAGAUCAACAAGCACUUCUUCUGCACCGAGUGCGGCUCCGGCCUGUGGACCGAGCUCGAGCUCAUGCCCGACAAGACCUGCGUCAAGGCCGGCGGCCUCGAUGCCGGCGCCUCCAGCCUCAAGAAGAAGAUCGACGUCGAGUUCUACGUCCGCGACCGCGUCUCGUACCUGGCCGCCGCCGAGGGCGCCAAGCAGGAGCACCUGUUCGGACAGUAAAUGGCUUGUUUACUACUACUAGCUGUGGUUGUACAUCUUGGUUUGGGGCACGAUGGGAGAGAGGGGGUCGCGGUGGAUAGCGCAGCCUUGUGGUCCGCUUGUGAGCCAUGAGAGACGGAAUCCCCUCGCCCCCCGCCUGCGCGCACUCCGAGAUGAUAGAUGAUGAUGAAACUUGGCGUGUCUUAUGGGGUCGAGCAGGAGCAGGCGUUUGCACAGAAAAUGGACGGGAACACGGCUUCAUUUGUCAAUUAGUCAAGUUUGCAGGGCAAUGAAACAUGCCGUGUCUGUCUACCG